AUGACGUCCAGCUCGGGAGGACCCAAUCAGAACCCAGGAACCCCGUCCGCCUACUUCACCCCUGGAGGAGCCGCAAAGCCUACUGGAGCUGGAGGAGCGUUCUCAGCUAAUGGUACCGGAGCGCAGUCGGCCUAUAUUGGAGUCGAAGCGCAGCCAGCUGCUGGAAAUCAAUCGGCCUACAUCUCCGCCGGAGCCUACAACAACUCGGCCGCAACUGGUGAAGCCCCUCAAGCCGCCCCUAUGCCUGCAACUGGCUGCACCACACCUGCGCCAAUGGAUCGAAGCUUGGGCCCAAUGUCGACUCCGGAAGGACAAGAUCUGACUCCCGGCGCUAUUCAAUAUCAGCGUCAUAUCGAUGCGAUUCUUCUCGCAGCAAAGAGAGGCGGAGUUCCGGCCAUGGGGCUGUUCGACUCACCAGCACCAAUGGAUCGAAGCCUUUUGGACCCAUUAUUGACUCCGGAACGAGAAGAUUUGGCUCUCGGCUUGACUCCUCGUCAGUGUCGGGGCAGGAGUCUGUUCGACUCACCAGCACCAACAAAGGGAGGAGGAGCUUCGAUGACGGGCGUUGGAGGACCCGCCGCGGUGCCCGGAGGAUCGAUCAUGACAGCUGAUGGACACACAGGCGGUGGAGUAGGUGCAUCCGGUGAAGCUUCCAAGACGGUUGAAGCCCCCGUUCCUACAACGGCACCCAGUGGAGGAGCAGCUACGUCGGCCUACAUUGCUGCACCUGGUCAAGCAACGGGAGGUGGCGCACAAUCGGCAUACUUCGAUACGAAA